AUGGAUCUCGACUUCGAUCUCGAUGCCAUCUCAUGGGCUGGUGACCUGGACCCAUCAGCAAGCCGUCUUGAACCUGAGCUGGAUCUUGGUGCCUACUGCCCCUCCAUGACUGACUUUCCAUCAGACUUUCUCUUCGCUGAAGAUGAAGGCGUUUUGCCAACGGCGCCAUUCCAUGGCCACCAGGCCGAGACUGCUAGUAACCUCCAGCUGGUUCGGGUGCAGGAGCAGGGUUCGAUGCUCCAGUCCCAGGCGUUCCCGGAGGCCGAGCCGAGAAUACCAGCCGGUGAUGCGAGGCACCUUGAUGACAACACCCAGGAUCACGACUUGGCCCGCGAGCGACUGCGCAGACAACUGUCUCUCCUUUCCAAGGGUUGGUGUGGUGACGAGAUCCGGUUUAAGAACUGCGAUCCAUCCAAGGCUGUCGUUUUGCACAACCUAGCCAUGGAACUGGGGCUUAGCUACAACCACGAUGUGAGGAGCCGUGAGGUCUCAAUGUGUCGGUUGGAGUCACCUCAAGCAUCAUCAGGACCACUGCCCUCACCGCGGCGCUUAUCCUCAUCCAUUCCCCGAUCCUCCACCGAACUUGAUUCGACUCUUUGCAUUCCCGCUCACCCCAUAAUCCCCACUCUGCCAGUACCGGAAGAAGACGUCGUCCUCACCGACGACAUGAACCAACAGCCUCCCCAACCAGUCUCAGCCCUAAAGGAGCAGUCGUUAUCCCGCCAUCCAAGUCGCAGCGAGCGCAUAAGUGAUUCCAUCAGCAAGCACGUCUCAACACUUAAGACUUCCAUCUCCAAGGGGGGGCGACGGGGCCCGCUCAGCGAGAAUGGCCGGCGGGAUAUGAGGGCCCUGGAAGGUGCUGGCGGUGCUUGCUGGAGAUGCAAGGUUCUGCGGAGAAAGUGCGAUCCAGGGAGCCCCUGCCGGUGCUGCCUGCAAAGUGUUCCGACGCCUCUCGGCGAAGAUGCGCCUCUUUGGCCCGUGAUAGGUUGCCGCCGAGGUCCGCUCCGUGAUGCGAUCCCGGCACAGCUACUCUGCCCUGAAUCUCAUCGACCGCAGAAUCUCGGUGCAAGGAAUUGCUUGACACCUUCCCGGAGGUGCCGAUCAGCCGACGUCGCUGAUCGUUGCCUUCUCUCGGCCGAAAGCCAAAGACUAGCGGACAUGAAGGCCGUUCUAGAGGGCUCCUCUGACAAGCUCUCGAUUACUGAUGAGUGUCUAAAGGAUGCUUUCUCCGCAUUCAUCGAGGCUGGCCGGUACCGUGACCGUGAUUCACUCCACACCAAAUACACCCUGGAAAGCGAGUCAGUGACGUAUACUGAGUUGAUCGCCAUUAUCGCCUGGGAGCUUGCCGAGAACCAUACCUUAUUGCCUUUACUCGAGAUCAGGUCGUGGGAAAGCUUCAUGCGCAUGCUGGAGACUGCAUGUAUCUACGAGUCCGAAGUUGGCCAGACUUCUCUUGUCAUGCUUUCCAUGAUUUGCCUGAGGCACGGCCUCGAAGCAUUGCGACUACACUCAGCCAACCUCCUCUCCCCUGGAGCCCACGACGACUGCAGCGGAAGCUGCCAGGUCGACUGUGUUCGGAACCUGAGUGUCCAAGUAGCCAACUAUGUGGACGAACUGUCAUCGGUCAUCUUCAACAAGGAGAACAUGCGAGACAGGAGGUGGUGGCUGUCGACGUUCUACAGCCUCUACAUCCAAAGCUAUGUGCGGCACGCCUUGAUCACGAUCGAGAAACAGCUGCGCUUCCGCUCUGUCGACGAUGUUCCGGUGGAAGACCUGAGCGCUUACCAGUAUCUCCAUCUCCCAGCCGUUUUGUUUACCGCCGCCUCGGCCAAGUACGAUCCGCUGCUUGGUGGUCGACUGCAGUACGCCCUGACAGACAACUCCGUGAUCCCCGAGACCUGUGUCCCUGAGCUGCACCACUCGUCAGCCCGAGUGGCCUGUGAGGUGGACAAGUGGUCCGAUUGCGGCAUUCGAACAUCGUACCAGUUCCUCCGCAAGCUGCUCCAAAUCGGCUCAUUAGACUUCGAGUCGGGAACAGACUCUGCAGGGGCGAAAUCCCCUUUGACCAUAAGUUCUCCAUCUGGUCGCGGCAAAGUCGCAUCGCCAAUCUCGCCGAAUAGUCUUGCAUCCGGACAGGAAUGGCUGCGGUCCCCUCGGACUCUCCACGAUCCUUCCAACCGUGACUCGUGGGGAAGCGGGAGUUCGGCACCAGCACCGACCGUCUUCUCAAACAAGAGCUGCGAGAGCUUGGCGCGGUCCAUCUCAACUGACAAAACGAGUUUCUACGAGCCGUCGGUCUUUGCUCGCGUCUCCUUUUCUGGCAGUGUAGCUGACUUGGAUGCUGCCGGAAUCGGAACUGGUAUCGGCACUAUCAACCCUGCUGCGCUCUAUUCUACGAGCCAGAAUUUCCUUUCACAGCCAUCGCCGUUUGACCGGCCAGUGAUGGAGAGUUUGGUAAAGGAUGAGAAUCCGGCAGGGGCGAAGGACGCCUCCGCCCCUGCACCCCUGCCUGCAUUCGUCUGCAACUGUUGCCCGAGAACGCCCAGACAAUUCCACACGGUCGAGGAAUUAGCCCAGCACGAAUCCGAGAAGCCACAUCCUUGCACGCAGUGCAAGAAGAGGUUCAAGAGCCCGACCGAGGCGGAGCGGCACAUCAACGCGAUUCAUCUCAAAUCGGAUUCGUGGUCCUGCAAAGCGUUUGAGGACGCACUCGUGGCGUUCCAAUCUGAGUCGUUCAACGGCGUCGUGUGGGACGUGUGCGGCUUCUGCGGCGGCGGUUUUGCCAGGAAGGGAGAUAGCGUCGACCAGGCCGAGCUUAUCUCGCACCUCGAGUCGGUGCACAAGAUUGGCGAGUGCGACCGCAACAAGAAGUUCUAUCGCGCUGAUAACUUCCGCCAGCAUCUGAAGAAUACCCACGUGGCGAAGCCUGGGAAAUGGCUGAAGGCACUGGAGAGAGUAUGCAGAACUACGGGCACCGGUAAUACGUGA